AAAACGAGAGGUAGCCACCAUGACUACCUGCUGCUGCUACAAAGUCUUCUUCUUUCUUAUAUCUCUUAUUUUCUUGAUAUCGUGUUCUUCUGUCACGGUCUUAGCUGCAGCUUCUGGACGUGAUGAAUUGAUCGGCUUUGAACCUGCCACAAACGAUACAAUUCCAUUCAGUUAUAUUGAAGCAACUGGUCGAGGACCGUCGAAAUGGGGCCAGCUUGACCCGGAAUGGAAAGCUUGUGGAGAUGGAAAAUUGCAAUCUCCAAUUGAUCUUCUUGACCAAAAUGUGAAAGUUCUCUUUGGGCAAGAGGAUCAACUGCGAAGAGAUUAUAAACCAGCAAAUGCUACUAUAACUAGCAGGGGGUAUGACAUUAUGGUGUCAUGGAAAGGAGACGCUGGAAAAAUUACCAUUAAUGGGACUGAUUACAAUCUGCAAGGCUCCCAUUGGCAUGUACCUUCUGAACAUACAAUCAAUAGCAAAAAAUAUGACAUGGAGCUUCACAUAGUUCAUGCGAAUUCUCUUGGAGAGACAGCUGUUGUUGGAGUACUUUACAAAUAUGGCAAACCUGAUCCCUUCCUUUCAAAGUUGUCCCCCUAUAUAAAAUCGGUCACAAAGCAAGAGACGAGUCUGGGAAUUCUUAAUCCAAACAAAAUAGAGUUUGGGAGCAGAAAGCUGUAUAGAUAUAUUGGUUCUCUUACAGUUCCUCCAUGCAGUGAGGGUGUUAUAUGGACAGUAGUCAAGGAGGUUAGGACUGUUUCAAGGGAGCAAGUGCAACUGUUGAGAGAUGCUGUUGAUGAUGGAUAUCAAGCAAAUGCAAGGCCAGUUCAGCCAUUGAAUGGAAGACCGGUUAAUUUAUUCAUACGGUCAAUGGACCUUUAAUGAAUAAUUUAUACAAGGCAAAGAGGGAAAGAAAAUGUUUAAGAAGCACACGGCACACAUGAUUUCCUCCGUCAAUGAUG